CCCCCUCCUACUCCCCGAGCCCCGACCGGGCGAAGUCUUCGCCUCGCGGUAGGGGGCGGGGCUGAGGGAUGUGGGCAGCGGCCCCCGCAAGCCCCCCUUUCCCCUCCCCUGCGCCUCCCUUCGCGCCCGUACUCGUGCACCAGCGCACACGCACCGCCCACUCGGGCGCGGGGCUAGGGGUUCCUGCUAAGUUACUUUCUCAUCCCGGACCUUGGCCCCGCCCCUGCCCCGCCCCCGCAGCCAUCUUAACUCCGGCAACGGGCGCCGCGGGCCCAGAGCUCCGAGGCACUAUGCUGCCCACGCUACGCCUGGCGAGCCGGCAGCCCGGCCCCUGGGGCGGGAACGGCCCCCCCACCCCGGAGGAGGCCGCCCGCCACUCCCUGUCCAGUGCCAACGAAUUGCGCUGCCGACAACUGCUGGAGGCCACAACGGCCAGAUACCGCCACCGGGAGGCCACGGCGGCCGUGCUGGUGCCCCUGUGCUCCGUGCACGGAGACCCGUCCCUGCUCUACACGCUGCGCUCCAGCCGCCUCGUGGGGAAGCACAAAGGAGACGUCAGUUUCCCAGGGGGCAAAUGUGACCCUCAGGACCAGGAUAUCGUGGACACAGCUCUCCGGGAGACAAGGGAAGAGCUGGGCUUGUCCAUCCAGGAGGAGAACGUGUGGGGCGUCAUGAAGCCCUUGGAUGACGGGAAAAACUCCAUCGUGGUCCCGGUCAUUGCCCAGGUGGGGCCCUUGGAGUCUCUGGACCUCACGCCUAACCCCCAGGAGGUAGAUGACGUGUUCACGAUGUCGCUGGCCCACCUGCUGCACCCGCGGAACCAGGGCUACACCCACUUCUGCCGUCAGGGCCGCUACAGCUACACCCUGCCCAUCUUCCUGCACGGCCCUUACCGCGUCUGGGGGCUCACGGCCAUCUUCACAGAGCUCGCGCUGGAGAUGCUGGUGCCGGGGACUUACCGGCGCAGAGUCCGUUUUGUCGGGCAGCCGAGGAAAGGAGAGACCCGGACCUAGAGGGGGGGAGGUUCAGCCGGGGCCACUGAUGGCGGCCCAGAGAGGGCCGCUGGGAACUCGGUCUCUUCCGCUUUUGCCUUUGUACCCGUCGAGAAGGAAUUGCACCAGCUGGGAAGUCCAACACAGGUGGGGGCCCUUUAGCCUUCCAAGGCAGCACAAGCCAGCUUUCCACAGAAAUCAUUGUCCCUGCGCAACAAUAAGCGGCUGUGGGAGGCGGGCAAAGCCUCCGCCCAGAAGGACGAGCGGGAGACGCCCUCCCUGGUGUCGGGCUGGACGGCCCGUGAGCUCGGCCCCAUCUCACAUCCCCACUGGGCCCCGAUUGCAAUUCCUGGAGCCUGGCCGUAUCUCCUGACUCCACGGCUGUGCUUGGACCGGCCCUGGCGGUCUGCCCCUCAUCUCCUCGGCCUCCUGGCAUUCCUGCGUGCCUUGGGACCUCCUACUGGAGGCCUUCCCUCUGUCACCCUACCAGAAGCUUUCCCACUGUCACCCAUUUACUGGAGGCCUUCCCACUGUCACCCUCCUAUUGGAGGCCCUUCUCGCUGUGACCCUCCUACUGGAGGCCCUUCUCGCUGUCGCCCAUUUACUACAGGCCCUUCCCUCUGUCCCCCCCCCCCCUUCCCCACCCUCUAGGGUCUUCCCCUUUCCAAUUCCUUUCAUUCACACUCCAUUUCUCUUCUGCUCCUCAUUCAUUUGCAAUAUUCCCCCCCAUCAAAAUGUCAGCUCCUUGAGGAAGGGCCCGUUUUUUGCCUUACCAUGAGUGGCCCACAGCAGCCACUUAAUAGAUGUUUGUUGACUGACUGACUGACUGGCUGGCUGGCUGGCUCUGGAGACCGUCCCCCCCUCUAGAAAGCAAUCCACUGAACUCAAUUCAAAGUAAUAAAUGCUGCCUUCUUCGACCUGCAAA